AUGGCUCCUGAACUCGCUUCGGAACUAAAGCCUCGAGGUACUGGUGUCACACGAUAGCAGUCCAUAAACAAAUGCAUGCUUGCUUCUUUGAAGACCCAAUUCUUGUCUAACUUGACUGCCAUUGGACAGAUGUCUGCAUUGUUGGCGUUGCACGGACGCCCAUGGGUGACUUUCUAGGUGCCCUUUCAUCCUUGCCUGCCACCAAACUUGGGUCUGUUGCUAUUGCAUGUAAGAUAAUUUUUUCCUUUAAAUCUUCUUUCUACACGUGUUUCUUAUACCUUGACUUAUAUCCUACCAAUGCCAUCCAAUAUCGAAUUGCAGCUGCUCUUAAGAGAGCUAAUGUAGAUCCAGCACAUGUGCAAGAAGUUUUUUUUGGGAAUGUAUUGAGUGCAAAUCUGGGACAGGCUCCCGCUAGGCAGGCUGCUUUGGGUGCAGGGAUACCUAAUUCAGUUGUAUGCACAACCGUUAACAAAGUCUGUGCCUCAGGAAUGAAGGGUGUGUACUCACUUCUGUGUUGUUCAUAUCAAAUUAAUGGAAUCAUUUGAUAUGCUUCUUGAUAUUUUUCUUUACAAUUUGCCCUCAUAGCAACGAUGCUUGCGGCACAAACUAUCCAGCUUGGCAUUAAUGAUGUUGUUGUAGCUGGUGGAAUGGAAAGCAUGUCUAAUGCACCCAAAUACUUAGCUGACGCCAGGUCGGUAUCGUACAAUGCUCUUUAUCCCUCAUGAACUUCUUGCGUUUCGCCAUUUGUGGCCUUAUGGAGAUGUCCAAUCUAUAUCACUUCAGGAUCCUCAUGAGAGACAUCAACAAGAACUAUGAUGAUUUAACUGAUGUAUUAUCAUCCAGCAUACUGUUCAGGUUGCACAUGAAGUAGAUGCGAUUUAUGCUUAGCAAAGAUGAUAAGAGAACUUUACUCACUUGGGUCCCCAUUCAUGCUGUUCUCAUCUGAAAAUUCUUGUAGUUUAUUUUUUCUGCUCAGAAACAACUGGAAUGUCUUUUUGAUAAACAAUUAUUUUAUGAUGUAAAUUCUUGGUAGGAAGCUCAUAUUGAUAUUGUUUUUUCAAUAUUUGCUCUUUGCUCUUCUGUCAUUUUUUAUGUUGAGCUUUAAAUCUCGUGGGAUUAUUUUAUCCUUGGGGCAUUGUAUUUUUUUGAUUGACCAAAUGUACUUAGAUUGUACUUAGCAAGGGAUGGGGAAGAAUGUCAUGCCUCCACCCUCUAAUUACAUAAAAUAUUAUACAAUUAGAUGGUAGAUGUAUUUUUCUAGAUGAAGGCUUAUUUCGUAUUGAUAAAAGAAAAUAAAAUAGCAGUUCUUACUAUCCAAUCCACUUAUAAUAUUACGAGACUAGUGCAUGGCAAUUUAUCUUCCGUUCACCUAACUGAUAACAAAACCUUGAAGCCUCUGUGGGCUGAGUAAUACUUAAAUAGCACACCAUUUCGUUUGCGAUAAGCAGGAACUUUCUUCUGCCAAUCUUAUAUUUACCGAUUUAAGUGAUGGCAUGGUGAAAACUUUGUUGGUAGCUUGGUUGGCAUGUACUCAUAUUGCUUCAAGAUUCUCAUCAACAAAUCUACCAAGUUGUAUGCUGUGUUGAGGGAUUGUGGUCUUAUAAUGUGCAAAUUCGCAGUCACAAUUUGGUUGUCAGUUCUCUGCCAUGUAAAUGAGACUUUAGGAAACCUCUCCCUCUCACAACUGGGCGAGUUGGCAUGGCCUCGUCUGUAGCCAUUAGUCUACGAUAUCAUGGCUUCUGAAUAAACUCACUUAUUUACGGAGAUCAUCCAUCAUAAUUUUCUUGUCAUAAGAAAUCAUCUGAUUGAUAUGGCUCCAACUGGGUCAACUUAUGGUCCGCUUGUUUCUGAUAUUUGAUCAUUAGUCUUGCUGACGAACUGUGGUGCCUUCUCUUGUUCUUAUUUUUUCAUCGUCAAAGUGCUCAAAAUAACUAGACUGCCAUCCAAGGUAAUGUUUGAAAUAGUUAUAUCGAGGCUUUCUAAUGAAUGCUUGAUAUUUUCUUACUUAUUGGGUAACUAGAUGAUCCUUGUUAUCAAGAUGUUUCACUGUGUCCCAUAUGUAAAUUUGUGUUUUGCUGUAUAAGUGGAUAAUUUAGUUGUAACAAUAAAUUGACAAAUAUUUGGGAUUUGUACCAUGUUUGGCCAAUUGCUGCAUAUUUAUUUAAAGGGACAAUAAACGUCUCAUGCAAAGGAACAUUGAACUGUUGGUUGGCUUAUUGUUGUUGCCAUGUCGAGGAAUAGUGCAGUCAGCAAAAGAAAAAGUAGCUCUCAGCAUCAAAUAAGCAAAAAUAUGAUAAUGACUAUGAGUUAUAACCAAUAUUUGCAGAAAGGGUUCUCGGUUCGGACAUGAUACUAUUGUUGAUGGCAUGCUCAAAGAUGGUCUCUGGGAUGUCUAUAAUAAUUAUGCUAUGGGAAUGUGUGCUGAGCUGUGUGCUGACCAACAUUCAAUAACCAGGGAAGAUCAGGUAUGGUUUUUGGGCUUUCUUCUAUGCUUGCACCUGUACAUUCUCUGAUCCAUGUUAACAUCUUUGAGUUUCUAGUGUUCGUCUCCUAAUUAUAAAUAUGUAGAUCACCUUUAAAAGCCAGUGUAUGACUUAGUUCCUGCUUCUAGAAUUUGCCAUAAAAUCAAUAGAAGAGCACACGAAGUACAUCUUUGUUGUUUAACUGGGAGUUUUUUUGUGGUAACCAUAAACACGGAUUCAAUAAAGUUUGCAAAAAAUUAUUGAGAAAUGGAUUAAAUCUGAGUAUCAGUAUCCUUUUAAAAGAUUAGUUUGUUGGAUACCUCUGUAUGUUUCAUAUUCCUCGCAGAGGAAAAAUAAAUGAGAGUCCCUUCUGCACUCACAUUUUUCCAUUGAAAUUUUUAUCCAAUUAUCGAAUAAAAUUGGGUGCAAAGUUUGAUCAGGAUGGACGCCAUACAUCCUUGAGUUGAAAACUCAUGCCUUUGACCGAAGCUACAUAAAAUGGGGUGGAAUGAGAUGAUGACAGUGAAGCCGGGUCAACUUCCAAGUUCAGAGGAGGUCAUUCUUGUUGAUUGAGGUUUAAAAGAGCAGUUGUUGUGUAAUUCUUCCUGUUGAAAACCAGAAUCAAACAUGGGUUGACCUGUUCAUAUAUUCAAUUGUUGUUGAUAUCUGAUAGUUGUCCCCAUCAGCAGUUCAACAAUGCAUGGUAAAAAACGGCCAUUGUUUUUCAAGAAAAAUAAGUCGGAUCUUGUUCCACUUCUUUUCAAGAAGUUUUGUUAUCAGGUUUUUUUCAUGAUAUAAUUUAUUUUCCAGCAAUAGUAGUAAAUUUUUUUUCACCCGGGAUGAAACAUAUUUUGUAUCGCUUUCUAAAUGAUGAACAGGUUGUCACAUUUUCUUUUGUGUUCACAUGCGUCCUCCAUCCAUGUUUCCUUGCAUUGAUGCGGGGCAAUAGUUACAAUUUUAUGACCAUGAUGCCGAAAUAGUGAACUGACCUUGAAAUAGGGAUCUGUCUAAUAUAUUAUAUCUGCUUAUAUAGGACAAUUAUGCAAUUCAAAGCAACGAACGUGGAAUUUAUGCUCGUGAUGCUGGUGCUUUUUCAUGGGAAAUAGUGCCGGUCUGUCUUCUUCCUUUGCAAUUGUUGAAUAAGCUGGAAAAAUAUUCUCUUUUCAGCAUUUUAUUUAAUAAAAUGAUCUGUUGUGCUCAGAUUGACGUUCCAGGUGGUAGGGGAAAGCCAUCAAUAAUUGUUGAUAAGGAUGAAAGCUUAGAGAAGGUAACGAUAUUUAUGAUCCUUUUUCUUUUUUAGUUUUUUUUCUAUGAGUCAUGAAAUUUAAACUGAUAUUCAUUUGAUUUUUCCGAACCUCAUUCCAUCAUUCUAGGGUUGAUAGAAAUAGUCUAAAUAGCCUUAUUUGCAGUCAUUGUGUCAUCAAUCCUUAUUUUUCUGCCGAUUCAUCUCCCAAUUUGUUACUUAGGAAAUGCAGCUAUCCCACUUGACUGUUGUCUGGCAACCAAAUGUUGCAAGUAGGAUAAACGGUAGACAACAAUUGUGGACUUGACAUUAUGCUCGACACCUCACACAAAGACAGACUUGAGGGGCUACUCUACGGAUUCUAGCAUUUACCAGGGUUUAUGUAUUGACACUGCUUUCUCUUGAUGAACUAACGGCGAGGCAUAGUCAGGAUAGCCAUAAACACGCCCUAUCUAAUGAUGAGGAACUAAUCAGUGAAUUUUGAGGGGCCUUGUAUGUCAGUCUAUGAUGAUGAGAUAUUGUGGCAGCAACUAUUUAACGUCCUCAGUUUUAAUUUCCUAAAUUAGACUGAAUUAACUUUAUUUCGUCCCUGGAAACUUUGUUUCAUUCUAUAUGAAUUUCUAUUGUCUAAUUAAUAUUCUUGCUUUUUAAAGUAAAUGAUUCUUUCUAAUCAUUUUAUCUAAUGCUGGUUCCCAUUUCGAAUGGCUGUUGUAUGAGGACUACCGUUUUAUUACUUUUAUAAGCUUAUCUAAGGGAGUAGGCUACUGAAAAGAUGAAUUCAGAUUGUUUCAGAAUUGAAAAAAAUAAAAUAAAAUUGAAAAUUAGCUGCCCUGAAUGAUAAUAAUGGAAGUUUAGACAUCAUUGUUUGUUAGCUUUCCUUGUCCAUUUCUUCCCAAUAUUAUUACGAGUCUUCAGUCACUUAUUUUGCUUUCAUUUCUUGUCAGUUUGAUCCUGCAAAACUGAGGAAGCUUCGCCCCAGUUUUAAGGAGAAUGGUGGCUCUGUUACCGCUGGUAAUGCCUCUAGUAUAAGGUAACCUAUUUAUGCAUCCUGUCCUUUGUAGAACAUAAUAGUUCGGAUUCUUUUUCUCUUUUAUCUCAUCCUGUGUCACACAAUUUAUACUGUCCAGGAGGGUGUUCUUAUUAUUUUCUGUAGAGUCACGAAGUUAUUUGCAUCUUGAUGUAGCCUAUUUGAGAUGUUGGAUCCACUUUGCACAUCAGCUUAUCAUCUGUAGAGUUUUAUGAAAAAGUGAGAUCUUUGAAAAGGAUACACCAAGUGCAGAUUUCUGACUCAAGGGAUCACGAGAGUUCAUGGGGAACAUAAGACAAAACUUUUAUGCAGUCGUCUGCUGCGGAUUGAGAAAAUCAAUGGAAGAUACACUACUUCUGUGACAGAAGCUGAUGUUUCGAACUCCUCACCCACUCCUAAAGGAGUUAUUAUUCUUCGGAAAAGUAUAUUCCUGGAACUCUAGGCGCAGGGUCCCGAUGGAAACUUUUCGGGGACACUCUAUUCAUGGUUGGGAAAAAAAAAAGUUUUAGAAUCUAGUUAUCAUCAAUAAAUCCACUUCCGAGUUCCUUGAAUAGGGGACGCAAGAACCAUCUAUCCCUGGAGAAUAUCCUUUGCUUAUCUAUUUCUGUUUCAUGAACUCUCAUAAAAUCAAUCAUCCGAUGUUGCCUGGUAGAACUUCUGCCGAGUUCAAUAUCUUGUUGCCCCACUACUGUCUAGAGAAGGUUUUCUGUGUCUUCCAUACAUGGCCUGUGUUUGACAACUCACUCGCUUUAUUGUGCCAUUCUGUAAAACAUAAUCUAUCUAUACAAUCAAGAAAUUCGGAUGAACUAAUGAAGUUCUUUUACAUGUUUUUCAAUUUAGCUGGUUAUUUUGUUCUUCCAUUAUCAUGGAAGCUGUUACAGGUAUAGUAGAUACAUCGUAGUCAUAUCAUUUAUUUUUGUUUUUUUUGCUUGUCAUAUUCCUUGGGCUUUGCUGUUCGCUCAUCUUCUAGGUGUGUAAUUUGCCUGCAUAUUUAGCUCCGAAAUUUUGGGGCAAAACUAUUUUGGCAAUACUUGUCAGUCAAAUCAUGGUGUCGAAUAAACACUUUCCUCUUUCAGCUGCCUAUAUCUUAUCCUUCCCCUGAAAUUCUAACGUGGGCAGUGACGGGGCUGCUGCAAUGGUCUUGGUGAGCGGAGAGAAAGCGCUUGAGCUAGGUCUGCAUGUGAUUGCAAAGAUCACAGGUUACGCUGAUGCCGCUCAGGUAAAAUAUAAUUUCAGAAAUUUCAGCUCCUAUGGUUUGCCAUAAAAUUUUGCCAUAUUGGGGUCGUAUGACCGGGCACCCUGCAAUCUCUUCAAACCCACCCCCUCGUCUUCAUUCCUAAAGGAGCUUGGCCUUGCAGGCACCCGAGCUAUUUACCACCACUCCUGCCGUGGCAAUACCAAAGGCCAUCUCCAGUGCCGGGCUGGACGCCUCGCAGAUUGACUACUACGAAAUAAAUGAAGCCUUCUCUGUCAGUGACAAGCUUUCUCAGCCCUUCAAUUGCUAUUUUAGUGAACAGAUAUCUGACACUCGUACGAUCUCUCUGGAACUGGAACUUGCCGAUUGCAGGUUGUGGCUCUCGCAAAUCAGAAGCUUCUCGGGCUUCCUUCUGUGAGCCCCAAAAACUCGUCCAGAACUCUGCUUCAAGAGACUGCCCGCUAGUUCCUCAUCUUGCUAGGAUUAUAUUAUUUUAUUGAAUUCUUCUAAUAUUAUCUUUUUGUCCCGAGAUUGCAGGACAAGGUGAAUGUGCAUGGUGGGGCCGUAUCCCUGGGGCAUCCUUUAGGCUGCAGUGGAGCCCGCAUUCUGGUCACGCUUUUGGGGGUAAGCCACAUAAAUGCAUGCUCCUCACCUCUUUAUUUAGGAAGUUUUCUGUAUUCAACAGCCAUCUUCCUGCUCUCGUGUUGGACGAGAUGUGUGGGCACCUUCCUUUAAAUAGAGCUCUAGUUCUAUGCACAUUUAUAGCUUUGUCUUGCUUGUCCCGAAAAGGAUAAUUUUGGUGUCUUCCCAUUCAUAAUUUUGUGAUAGUUUGACCAUCACAGUGAUGUCUCCUAUUUCAAUAUCGGACAUUAGCCGAAGAAUUUUAUUCUUUAUUUUUUAUUUUUUAUUCUUUAUUCUUUAUCCUGUGAAACAAAACUGUGCCAUUUUUUCAUUCACAGGUGCUAAGGCAGAGAGGUGGAAGAUUUGGAGUUGCCGGGGUCUGCAAUGGCGGUGGCGGCGCUUCGGCACUCGUCUUGGAGCUCCUCUAA